AUUUACCAGCCUGACCGAGAUUGUUUAGUUGGGUAGCUCUUAGCUUAACCUGCUGAAAAGUAGGCAAAAGUCCUCUAAAACUCUUCGUGUGUGUUCAACUAACAGUAGGAGGCGCUAAUGCUCUGUAAAACCAGUGUGAACCACUACUGAAAUAAGAAGAAGGACGCGUUUCCGUUUUCUUCGUCCAUGCUGUUUUGAAAAACAUUACAUUUUUCUGAAUCUGAGUUUAUUUUAUUCAUUUCACCAUGUCUAUUAAAUUAAAUGCUCUUUACAGCGACUCAUAUGUGGAUAUAAGCCAGUAUCGAGACCAGCAUUUUAAGGGAAACCGUUACGAGCAGGAGAAGCUGCUGAAGCAGAGCUCCACGCUGUACGUGGGAAACCUGUCCUUCUACACCACCGAGGAGCAGGUGCACGAGCUCUUCUCUAAGAGCGGAGACGUCAAGAGGAUCGUCAUCGGCCUCGACAAAGUCAAGAAGACCGCAUGUGGCUUCUGUUUCGUAGAAUAUUACACUCGUGCUGAUGCCGAGAACGCCAUGAGGUUUAUUAAUGGCACGAGGCUGGAUGACCGGAUCAUCCGAACGGACUGGGACGCAGGCUUUAAAGAGGGCAGACAGUACGGCCGGGGCAAGUCAGGUGGCCAGGUCAGAGAUGAAUACAGGCAGGACUACGACCCUGCCAGAGGGGGUUAUGGGAAACUGGUGCAGAAAUCUUGAACAUGCCUUUUGCCAGAUUUUUUCUUUUUCAGGUUAAAAAUGAAUAUGGACAGGAUUAUGACAGGGGUGCGCAGUAGCGGAUCCAGUUUUGUGUGUGUGAGAUGUACAUAUUAGAGUUUGGUGCUUUCGGAAUGUUCAUGCCUGAAAAUCAUCUAGUCUGGCAUGUGUAGAUUUUCUUUUUUUAAUAAACUGUGUUUUAAAAAAUGC